AUUUACUCAGCUUUCGGAAGAUGUAUAAAUCUCAAUUUAAAAAAUAAAAAUAAAAAAUGUGGUCCAGGGUCACGUAUAUUACGGAGUCAGUGGUGUAUCUAUAAGGUUACGUGGUGUUUUGUAUACAAAUUGUCAAGUGACCUCCUAAGCCUGUUUUAUUUGUGGGGCAGUUUCUGCCCACUGCAUAUUUGUCAAAAAAUAGAAUAUCUAAAUACACUGAGCUCAAGAUAGAAAUGUGUCAUGUUUCUGCAGGGGGAUUUCUGCAAGCAUAUUUAUGUACAGUGUGCUAGAUAACAGUGUGCUAGAGACAAAUAACACUUUUUUUCCUUUUCUUAUGGUGUUUUUGUGCUGGCGUCUGCAAUUAAUCUUGUUUCUGUUCUGUAAAGGCACACAACCUUUCAGUCAAAGGUAUUAAAUGUCAGAUGGCUCCAUGAGAAUGCAAGUCUAUAGCUUUUAUUCAUGGUCAUUCAGAAUUCUGUUUUGACUGUCCAUGUUGAUCAAAGACCUAUUCUUGGUAUUGUCAAGCUGCUAUGCUUUUGGAUUUCUGUCAGUAGAGUGGUGUGAACACUAAAUCCCCGCAUCGCAGAAGUGCUCAGCAUUCUUUCCCCAUAAGACGAUGGACUAGUUUGUAACCACAUGAAAUAAAUAUACUUUGAUGCACUGAAACAAAGGGCAGUAAAAUGUGGAAAGAAGAUAGCUCAAGAAGUUCAAAUGGUCAUUAGGUUAUAUUUUACGCAUUUUUUAUUUUUUUAUUUAAAUAAAUAAUGUUCAAUUGUCAGCAUUUUCAAGCUAAAAGCAAAGAAUUACUUUCAAUUGCCAAAGGGCAAGUCAACAAAAAUAUAGAUGUGAAUCAUUACCCUAAAUUUUUUUAACUGGAUGAAUGAAACACUUUUUUCAGUGUAUAUCGUCUGUACGCAGCCUCUCAAAGCAAAGUUUCCCCUGAUAGAAGAGGUCUAAAAUUAGUGAGCCUCUAUGACUGUCUUGGCCUAGUGUGUCAGAUUCCACUCACAGACUCCGUCUAUCCUAUCACAGCACCUGUUCCUAUCUGUAACACCCUGUUAAGCUUGGCAGAGACAUGCACCUAUGUCCAAGCAUGAUCAAAAAAGCUUCCUUUUUUUGCAUGCUUGUGUCUCUUUUUUAAAAAAGUGGUGUCAAUUAAUGUUUGAAAUAGCUGGGCUCUGUGAGCUCAGGCAGGGCUAAUGGUAUAGGAGUCGUAGCAUUUUUUGGACUUAGCUUGAGGGGCUGGACAUAUCUGUGCACUGAGUGGCCUGUUUCGAUGAAGGGUCAGUUUGGCACUCAGGAAACCUGGACCCCCCAGUUGGAGCCUCAUUCACAGCUCAUGGUACAGUGCAUAACUGUCCCCUGUGAAUGUUCUCUGGAGGGGUUGUUUCAUUCAAACUGGCCACAUGGAAAACAGCAAAAAAAGGUCUGAAAGCAUUCAACAGUUGAUGAGUGACCUGUUCAUGCAUUUAUAAAAGGCUCAAGUGAGACAACCCAAUGUCUGUGGUAUCUGAAGUGAAGAAAUGGAACGCUGGGUUCUAGAAGGUGAUAGCUACUCUUUUCUUCGCAGUGCUCCACACACGUUCAACCUGCAGAGUCAUGAAGGGCCAAAUCGUGUGGAGAUCUUUGAUAUCACUUCCAUCCCCAGCCAUCAUAAUGCCAUAUCUGAAACAACCUGCCUGUGUGACAUUUUUGGGGAUGACGGCGAGUCUCCGUCACUUUCCAGUAGCCCAGCCUCUGCCGCAUUUAUCAGGAGGGAAGUGGAUCAGUCUUUUCCAGUAGAUGAUACCAAUGACUCUUUAGGAUCUUACCACACUGCCAAUGGAUCCGACUUAAGCGACAAUGCUGAAGUCACUUACAACACACCUUCUCCAGAAAAUACACCAGAUUUUUCCACAUCUGAGACCAGGGAAUCACGUUCACCACCAACUAAAUCACCCAUCUUGUCUGAUACCAAAAAUAGACUUAACCAAUUAGAGUGCACACCACCUGCAUCCAAAGUCAAUAGUAGUGACCUUUCACAUACAGAUAACUGGGAAGAAUCCCAAGUGUCAGUAAGCACUGCCCCAGUGAAUGAAACGGCAAACACAAAUGCAUCUGAACCACAGUAUGUGAAUUCAACACCAGCUACCACCCUGAUUAAUCCGGCAAAGAAACCUUCUAAUCCUACAUCCUGCUCUUCAGAAGAGAAAGAACCUGCUGUUUUUGAGCAAGAAGGAAUUAUUAAAACACCUCAACAUACAAGCACAAGCCCAUUUUUAGAUAAACAAAUAUUUGAGUCAGACUGUGAAUCUUUGGCAGUAUCUCCACUUAAACAAAAUGUUGUGAUGUCUUCUGAGGACAAAGUGAGUAUGAUCUAUUGUAGUCCACGAGAGCAAAACAUUCUCUUUGUGCAAGGGACGAUGAACAGUGGCUCUGCAUCAGAACUGUCAAACCCUUCUCCAACAGAUUGCAGCCUUAUGCAGGAAAUGUUUACUUCAUCUUCAUCCAUAACCAGUGUCAUGCCAGAACCCAGAUUAACCUCCACCUCGCCUGUAAGCAAGGAAACUACCUCCACACCUGCAUCCACCGGUAGAUCUUCACCUGAGCUGCUGAAUUUGUGUCCAACUCAAGUUAGGAACACAUCAGAGACUCCAGACUUGGAGGACAAUUAUGGUGCUACUUUAUCUGUAUCUACACUGCCUACCAGUGAUAAUGGGAAAAUAGAUUCCCUAUCUGUGUCUGACAUUUCUACUGAAACAAGAGGACUGGUAUACUCAUCCAAAGAUAGAAGAGAAAGACUGGAAUCACCUGAGAUCAAUGAAACCUGCUCUUCUCCUGAUCACUCAGCACCUGGUCACUCACAAGAACCAGUACUGAUUCACUCCCCUGUAGGUUACACCAUCAGUCCAUCACCUACAUAUGAGAAAAUAUCUUCUUCAGUCCAACCUGAAGACUCACCAUCCUCCCCUGUAUCACCUGAGAUCAAUGAAACCUGCUCUUCUCCUCAUCACUCAGCAUCUGCUCACUCGCCAGAACAAGUAAUGAUUCACUCCCCUGUGGGUUACACCAUCAGCCCAUCAUCUACAAAUGAGAGAAUCGUUUCUUCGACUGAACCUGAAGACUCACCAUCCUUCCCUGUAGUCACAAGGAUUGAAUACAGGGAUAUUUGCUCUUCUCCUGAUCACUCAGAACCAGUAAUCAUUCACUCGUCUCCGUGUUACAACAUCAGUCCAUCACCUACAAAUGAGAGACGGGUUUAUUCAACUGAACCUGAUGCCUCAACAUCUUCCCCCUGCGGUCGCAGUGAUAUGCACUCCUCUACUGAUCACUCCAUUCCAGCUCACUCACAAGAACCUGAAAUUAUUCACUCACCAAAGGGUUAUACUAUCACCCCAUCACCUACAAAUAAGAGAAUGUUUUUUUCAGUGGAACCUAAUGAUCUACCAUCCUCUCCUGCCAUCACAGGAACUGAUUACACAGCAACACCUACAUACAGUAGAGAUUCCACACCUGCGUUAAGGAGCAUUACCUCUACUCCAAACAGCAGAGAAAAUUACCUUACACCAGAGCCCAAUUCCCCAGCCCCUUCACUGGAAUUGAGAUCAGUUACCUGCUCACCUGAAAUCAAAACAAUAUCAUAUAGUGUUCUGCCACAAAAUACAAAAUCCCCAGGCAUCACAUAUAACGUUACACCAACCAAAGAUUUAGCCCAAUCAACAAAUGUCUGUGACAACUCUUCUGAAUCUUCCAGCUAUCUUUUUGGAAAUGACACCUCUGUCUUACCUAGCUCAAGGAACUUUUUGCCAACACCAGAGAGUAGAUCAAGGCCCCCAUCAGCUACAUCAGACCAUACCAAACACACAACACUAUCCUCUUAUCUCCAACCUGAGCCUUCCAUUACUCUUGGAAAGGCAGAAAAUCAGAGUUUAUCCAUAAUCUGUGAUGGAGUUAGUCAUCCUUUCUCUAACCCAAUAGACUGUUUUGAUUGUUUUGAUGACCAUGCUGACCCAACAACCUUGAAAAGCCUUGCAUUUGUCCCAGAUGAAUGUAAAGGCAGUGGACCACCAGUUCAGAUACUGCAAGAUUCAACCUCUAAAACCUCAGAUUCUGGAUCGUCAACAAUAAAAAUUGUGAAAAGUCAACAAAAUGUCACUGACAACACAACUGAUUUAACCUCCCCGUGUGCAUGGGAUGCAUCUCUGCCGAAGCCAGUGCCAUCUGUAGAGAAGAAACAAUGCCAUGUUGAGGUUUUUGAUAGGAACAAGGGAACAGAAAUGUUAAAAAAUGAUUCCCCAAGCAGUGACAAGAGGCUUAGUCAAGUGCCUGUAGCAUUAAGAGAAAGCCCAGAGGUUAUCAGUAGGGACAAUGGUGGUGAAUUUGACAGGCAACCAUGCAGGGAAAAAGAGGAGAGUGGAAAGAAGGAGGGAGAGGGGGAGGAGACUAUUGGAGAGAGUAGUUACAGAGGGGAACAGGUUGAGCUGUCAUUCAGUGCCAGGAAUAGAAAAGGGCCUGCAGGCCACAGCCCAGCUCUCUCAAGUCGAGACCCAAAGUCGGGAAUUCCAGCUCGCUGUUAUUUUGAGUCGCACCCAACAACUUUGCAGCAACAGAGUCAGCUCAGAGCUCAGGGCUCACAACAAGAGAACAAGGGUGGCGCCAGGAGGCUCCAGUCAGCUGCCCAGGGUAAAUACAGCAGUGCAGGCUUUCUUCCUCCUGAAUGUACUGGUGAGACCUCCAACAUGGGAAGUGAAUUUGAUGAAGCAGACAAUGAAGUAAAGUGGUUUACAGAUCUGGCCUUCAGAAGCCUAUCUAGUCCUCAGGUGGAUUAUUUGGAUGUGUACAAUUCAAGCCACAGGUCCUCUACAAAUGUUUCACAGCCAUCGACUGUAGACAGCCCUGGAGCUGUUGCAUGGAUGACCUACGCAGAUUUACGUGGCUCAGCUUUACAUGAACAUGAUGGUUCGUCUUUUUUAUCCCGUGAUGUCCUGGACCCAAACAAACGCUUUGAAAUGGGGAGUUUUGAGUGUGUGGAUGUUGCAUUAGAGAGCAAGGAAGAAUCCAGUAGAGGAAAGAGGACAGUACCUAAAAGGCAGAUCCAGCUGUUAAGGCGGAACACAGAUGAAUCAAAGCAUAAAGGAAACAAUGAAAAUAUUUUGAAUUCACCCUCCACAUAUAGACACUCAAAAGACGCACUUGUUCGUCAACAUAGCACCCCAGCUAUUGUGCAAGAGGAAGUUUCCAAGGAGGUGCCAAAUUCACCACAAAAUGACAGGAAAAAGACCUUGCAGAAGUCUGUGUCUUUAGAUGAUGGCUCCCCUAAGACACAAAUGGCAUCUUGCAUUAUCAAGAGUGUAUUGUCAAAGAAAAUGCAUGAUGUGCAGAAAGAGACACCAAAAAGUACAGACCCAAGUCCUUCUGGAGAUAAAAAUAAACAUCUUGAUGUCAGCCCCAGCUCUUUUGAUGAUGUACCAAGUACCAUGGAGAAACAUAGUUUAAGCUCUAGCCAGCAUUCUGAAUGUACUCUUUCAUCUGAAGAUUUUGCUGCGGGAGAGGAGAGAAUUUCACAUCGUCAGCCGAAGAAGUGUGCUCCAAAGGUUCCACCAAAGCCAUUCUUAAGACCUGCAUUCUUUAACAAUGGGGAAGCUCAGGUAGCUGGCAACAUUGCAAGGGAAGAAACCAAGCCUAUAGUGGCUCCUCCACAAGUUGAUGACAAAAUACAAAACAGCAAGAGUGAUAGGAAAGAGGGAGGAGGUAGCAACCUUGAAGAGAAGUACAAUUGUGACUCAGCAAAUGCCAGUAUCAGUAACACAAGUCCUGUUGUUGCUACACCAGCAAUAAGCAUGCAGAACAGAAUGACAACCAGAGACAUAAAAAAGCGCCAGAUGACACCGGAACCAGGAACAACUGGCUGGAAAGAGUGUAUUUAUGUCGAAAACCCCAGAGAUAACUUUGAAACCUUCUUCUAUCAAAGGAAAAAAGACAUCUUCUCUGAAAGUGUCUUUGUCCCCGACUUGGAACAGUCCAGAGAAAUAUCUAAAUCUCAGGCAAUAGAGAAAGCUGCAGAAGAUAUAAGCACCAAAUCUACUAAAGUCAUAGAGACAGAAGAUGACGAUGACAGCAACAAAAAAUCUGUUAUACAUAGAGUUAGGGAUGUGAGGAAGUUAGUGAAAAACACAUACAACCUGUCUUUCAAAGCAUCAAAUUCAACCUCUACUGCAGAAGAGACAGUUAUUCAAGGGGAAAGAGAGAAGCCGCCGCAAACUCCUCCAGCCUUACACAUUGAAUGUAAAGCUAUCAGUUGGAAGGACAAACAAACAUCAGGCAGCAAAGCAAUCCACUGUCAUGAUGAAAAACUGCCUGUUGACAUAUCAAAAAUAUCACAACCAUGGGUGAGCGCAGAGACAAAAAGAGAUGCUGACAUCACUGAAAUAACAUCCAAAGGCUCAAAACAAAACAAAGAGUCAAAACAAAAAGCACCAUAUUCUCACUCUACGACCACAGAUGGAUUACCUGAAUCAGAAGGUAUCAAUAAAAGAUCUUCCAGUCACUGUGAUCAGAGUUCUAAGAUGCCCCCUAGACCCCCAAGUAAGGACCGAGAAGUUUCUGCAUUGGUGGUUCUACCAGAUUGCACAUCCAAGACAAAGUCUGUUUCCCCUACAAUCCUUGACUCUACUCAAAUGAAAGCUGCAACCAGCAGCCACUCUGUAUCCAUGCUACUGAAAGAAAAAGGGAUGCAAGCUGACAUUGGAGUGUGUGAUGUUCUCACUGAAGGUGCAAGUGCUACAGCUAAACAUGUCAACAGGCUUGAGGUACCUGUACAGGCAUGUUCAUCAGAAAGCAUUUCAAGUGAAGUACAAGUAAAGGCAGAAAAUACAUCAUUGCCUUGCAAUCCAACAGCAUUUGUCAAUGAUUCAUCAAGAAUAUCUCAACCAAGUGAGAGUCCCAAGGGAAUACUGACAGAAGAAUCUUUAACAAAGGAACAAGAAAAAAAGAAAACUACCACUACAACACAAAUUCCAACUUAUUUAGCAACAUCUGGCAAGCCAGAGGUGAGGUCUUUUUCAAGCAGUACAAAAAAUAAUGCCACACCAGUGAAUGCAUCAAAAGAGAUUGAGUUACCCAUACAAGUGAGAUCAAUAUCCACUGAUAGACUAAAGCCAUUUGUAACACCAAAACCCAGCUAUAAACAGUCAUUUGCAGAAGUUAAGUCAGUGUCAAGUGACCCAUCAAAAGCAGAUACUCAAGCAUUGUCUGUUAUUAAACAGCAAACAAUAUUAAGUAGUGAAUCAAAGAAAAAUGAAACACCAUCAACAGUGACACACAAGGAUCAACCAAACGAGACUUCAUCAACAGAUACAAAAAGACUGGCUGUAUCAGCUGUAUCAAGCUGCAAACCACCAUCCAUCCCAGUCACAGCAACUCCAAGUGUUGUGCAAAAAUCCACCACAAAGACACUGUCCAGUCUGGAUCAACAGCAAUCUACUGCUUUCUUGCAACCAGCAACCAGCACUUACCAGCAGCAAACCCCAUCAUUCAGUCAAGACCAGUCAAUUCUAGAUGGUUCCAUUGCUUUUAACUCAUCAGGACCACAAGCCCUUAACCAUACACCAUCUGUGACAAGAGCAUCAUCUAAUAAUCGUUUUCACACAGAUGACUAUCUUUUCUACGCUUCAGAUGAUCCUCCCAGCUAUGAUGAGCGGGAGAGUUUCAGCCCGCUACGGCUCUCAGACUUACCCCCACAUAGGUCACAUAGGUCUUCUUGCUCCUGCAUGCCAAGUUCUCAUUCGCAUCAAGGACAUCCCAACAACAGUCCACAGGAACGGGUACCAGCAGCCUCUCGGUCUCCAGGCCAAGUCCUUACCUGUCCUGGUGCUCCUCCGCAAGCUCAAGUUCGUCCUCAUCAGUGCAGACCAGAUGGUCUACCAGUCUCCAAUAUCACAAUACCUCAUGCCUCAGCUUUGAUUCAGCCUCUACACAAUCCACGAGCUUGUCCAGUUUCAAACUCACAAUCCUAUGGUGAUGACCAUCCUCCAGCUUCUGGGCUGCAUGCAGAUAGACGGCCAGCCAAUCACCCUUCACCUCAGGCAGCAGCUCCUGCUCCCUAUCAUGAGUAUUCUCAUUCAGCUAACAUGUCUACUCUGGAUCCCCGGCCUCAGUUGUUUAAUCCUCAAGAUUUGACACCAUCUUUUGGCCACGAUUACACAAAUGAAGGUCCAGGUGGAGCUGGUGUAUUGUAUCCAGAGAAUGCAAGUGGGCUCAGCUGUGGCCAAGGUGCCCGUCGUGUUCUUCUUGAUCCUGAGACUGGUAAAUACUUCUACAUUGAGGUACCAAUGCAACCACUCAGAAAAAUGCUGUUUGAUCCUGAAUUGGGCCAGUAUGUAGAAGUUCUCAUACCACAUCAGGCAAUGUCCCAUUCAGGGCUAUAUCCACCAGCUGCACCACCCUACUCCUCUUUGCACAGUCCUGGGUUGUAUGCACCACAGUACCUGCCUUACGCAGUGCCAUCUUACCCAGCAAUCUCAGGUACUGCCCCGCAAAUUCGCCAUCCAGAGCCACCUCCUGUGCCCACCACACUUCACCAGACUUCCUUAAGGUAUGGAAGCCCUGCAAGCCAGAUGCCAAAAAAUGAACCAAAAGGCCAUUCAUCACUGGAUCAAAGCUAUCUAGAGAGCAUGUAUUACAUCCCCACUGGGAUGAAUGCAAGCCCAAAUGCAACCCCUUCAGAAUGCUACCACAAGCCAUCAAGCAUGCCUCCUUCAGGGGGACGAAGAGCAUGAAACAUCAGUGGAUACACGUGGUCUGUUUACAUUUGAAAUCUGUUCUAGUUGGCAGCAUUUUUAAGUGGGAUGUAAAAACGUAAAAUGUCUUGUCUAAAGUUUUAGCUACUGAGUUACAAGACUAGGAUUGAAAACAAUAUUUUUUUCUGCUCAUUUAAUUAAAAUUUUACUGUGUAAGUCUCCUCAAGAAGACUUUCUGACAUUGACAUAUCAUGGUUGUCAUUGUCUGAUAUAAUUUCAGUCCUUAACUUUCCUUGUAUAGUCAAGGCUUAUGCAAUGGUAGGCCUUAUGUUGCAAUAGCUUUCAGGGUUUAAGGGUUUAAUAAACAGUGUCUUCUUUUAACAUCCUUAAUAGUUAUGUUUCUGAAGGGAUUUAUUUUGCUGCAAUAAUGUGUUCGGCGUUUUCACCUCUAAGUGACAUUAUUUAUCAAAUACAUAAUAUGACAUGACGUAAUUGCUUUGUGCAACACCUUUUAUGUGCACUGGGACAUGCAAGUAGAUGCUGUACAUCUGGGUAAAUUUAAAGAAUGUGGAUGAGCAAGAUCCACCAGUUCAUGAGUAUUAAAAUCACAGACGUACUUUCUAUCUUCAGAAGAUUGCCAUUUGCUAUUUUUUACACAUAGAUACACCCCAUUAAACAUAACUGUCUGCAAAA